AAAAUCUAAAUACAAUGAGAUCAAACAUGAAUGGUGUUGCAAUAGCUGCGUUGGUAGUGUUAACCAUGACCCAGUUCAUGGUGCAGCCAAGUGCAGCCAUUACUUGUGUUGAUGUUAAUGUUAUGCUCGAACCAUGCUUAGUCUACCUACAGACGGGUGGAGACCCCCCAAUAAAUUGUUGUAACGGACUAAGAAGGCUUCAAGUCGAGACCCCGACCAGGCUUGACAGGCAAACUGCUUGUAGUUGUGCUAAAACUGCUGCAAUUCGGUUGCAAAUUAAACAAGAUUUCGCUUCUGAUCUACCUCGCAGGUGUGGAGUUGUCAUCAAUGUCCCGAUAAAUCCCAAUGUUGACUGUUCCACCAUUCCGUAAGAUCUGAUCUAUAAGGGAACUGUGCGAAAGUUACUACAUCCCCUCAAGAAUAAAUAAGCAGUUGUUUCUACGAAUUACACGUGUUGUAGAAAUCUCAGUAUCGCAUGAAUGAUGGUUUUGACGAAUCUAUGACAUCAGUGUAUAUCGAAAAAGAUUAUAAAUAAAUAAAUCACAGUUCCCUAACUUUUUA